AUGGAAAGGGGUAGACCUGCCGGAAGGAGAAACAAUGAUUUGAUGAGCACGUGGAGAGAAGGAAAUUCGAGAAAUGAUAGUUCAGAUAAUCAUCAAUUUUGGUCAAACAUCGAAAAUCAAUAUUUUUCAAAUUUUGAUAAAAGGAUAAUAACUACAUUUGAAGAUCAUAUAAAAUGCACUGAUUAUAUAUGUAAUAAAAUAAAAAAUAAAAAAAUAAAAAAAGAAAUAUUUCAAAAUAUUAAAUGUCAAAAAAGCUCGGUUAAAAUUAAAUUAAAUAUAAAUGAUAAAAAAAGUGAAAAAAAAAAAAAUGGCGUAGAAAACAUUUCACAAUAUAUGUUUCAAAAUAAUCAAUUCCUUAAUAAUACUCCAUUUGGACAGGAAAGUUUAAUCAAUCAAAAUAAUAAUCAAUUUUUAAUAGAUCCUAAAAAUGAUAUAAGAAAUUAUAAAACAAAUAGAAAUCCACUAAUUAACGAUAAACAAUAUAUCGGAAAUGUGGACCAUAUAAAUAAUAUAGAAAAUAUGAUAAACAUAAAUCAUAUGGACAAUCGAUUUAGAGAUUACUCAACAAUGUUUCGUAAUGAAACAUGUUUUAUCGAUUGUAUGCCAAUGGCAGGUAAUAAUUUAUUAUUAAAUACAAUGCAUAAUAAUCUAAAAAUAGAAAAAAAUGAAUCAAAUUAUCCUGAUGAUAUGAAUAAAAAUACAAAUAUAUCCUCAAUAAGCAAUACUAACGAAACAAAUGAUAUAAAACAAACUAAUUUAAAUCAUGCUGAUUCUUCUGAUAAUAAAAAUAUAAAUACUCAAUUUGGUAGUACAGAUACAGAUGCUAACAUGUUUAAUUCUAGCAUCGAUAAUAGUGAUAAAAACAUUGUCAUUAAUAAUUUAAACACUGAUAAUUCUAACGAUUUAAUCCAACAUGAACAUACAGAAAAAAGUAAUAGUCCCAACAUUAAUGAUCAAACAAAUGUAAAUGAAAUUGAUAAUAGUGAAAAUAAAAAUCAUGACAUAAAUGUCAAUGAUUCAAAUACUGAAAAUAACACCGAUGUAACUAAUAACAAUGAAUUGCCAAAAUCGAACGAUAACGAAUGUAGCGGAAACAGUAAUGAUAAUGAUAAUAAUAAUGUCGACACUCUCGAUAAAUCCGAAAAUGACGACAAUGCGAAAGGAAGCGAAAUAAACGAUUUGCAAAAUGGAUCGGAAAAAAAUAAUACACCGGUUUCCAAUCGCUCACAAAAUGAAACAUUCCUAUCUAGUGAAAAUAAAAAUGAUGUCAUCGAAAAUGUCGUUAUGACAUCAAAUAGUAAUGAAGACAACGACAAGAAAAAUGACAAUGAUGUAAGUGAUUCUGUUUCUCUAAUUAAUAAAGAAGAUACAACUGAUGAUUUAUCAAAUACACAUAAUUUAUCUAAUGAUCUAAAUAAUUGUGAUCCUUGUAAUAAUAAUAUCAUAGAAUACUCUUCAAUUAAAAACGAAGAAAAUUUGAAUCCUAACAAUACCAUGUCAUAUGAAAUGAGAAAUAUGAAUAGUGAAGAUGUAAUGGAAAAUAUAAAUAAUACCACAAAUGCAAAAGGAAUGGAUUCAUCUUUUAUUUCAAACAUUGACAAUAAUGAUAACAAUUAUUUUCCUCCAUUUAACAAUUCAUUUAAACAAUUUAAUAACAAUACAUAUCCUAAUUCUAUGAACAAUCCUUAUGAUAAUAAAAUAAAAACAAAUAUGAAUAUCUAUCCAAUGUCAAUGAACAAUUUUAAUCGAGAUAUGUAUUCCUCUAAUGGUAUUCAAGCUCCCAAUAUGUACCCUAAUAUGUAUCAAAAUAAUAAAAGUGAUAAAAUUGAGGUAGAUAAUAAUCAAAAUGAUUCUAGCAAAAAAUCUUCUAUUGGAAGUAUUUCUACUAAUACUGCAAACAUAAAUAAUGAUUCGCUCAAAAUUUUGUAUCAAUAUGGAAAUAAAGGAAUGGUUAAAAUGGAUAAUAUUCCUUUAGGUAAUAAUAAUUUUGGAAUAAAUGAAGAAAACAUGUUAUUUAUGAAUAAAAAUAUGACCAUUUAUAAUAAUGGUAUACCUGGGGAUAUAAUUAAUGGAUCUAAUAAAUCUUUAGCUUUUAAUGAUAUGAUAAAUUUUAACAGAGAAAUGCAAAAUUUAAAAAAUAAUAAUUUUUAUCCAAAUGGAUAUUACAAUUUUAAUGAAAUGGGAAAUUAUCAAAAUGCUAUGGCAUUCGAUAAAUAUAGUAAUGAUAAAUAUUUUCAAAAAUUAAAAAGUGAUAAAUCUAAAAAUAAAAGAAAAAAUGGAACAAAAAUGAGAAAACAUAAUCAAACUGAUGAGCAAGAAAAUCAAUAUAAUUUUGGACAAGAAAAAACUCACACUAGAUUACGAAGUUCUAGAAAUGAUGGAAAAUUUUUUAAUCCCUUUUUAAAUAAAAAAUAUGAUGGUGUGGGAAGAUUACCAUAUAUACAUAAUACGCCAAUUCCUAACGGUUUACAUAUAUCUAUAUAUGUGCCCAAAAAUUAUGAUUUUUCUGAAAACAAUGAAAAGCCAAGUAUUUAUGACAAUAAAAUUGAACAUGUUGAAACAGAAAACAAUUGUGAUAAAAUCACAGAUAAUCUUGAUAAUCCCGAUGUUAACCCUCUCAAUAACACUAAUCAAGUUUGUGAUACAAAAAAAACAUCAGAACAAGAAGACACAUACGAAAUAGAGACAUUGGCAAGAUUAUUAACGGAAAUUACUUUAGGGGAUAAGAAAUUUUUAUCAAACCGACAUAUAACAAUGGAAGACAAAGAAAGGUGUUAUAAAUGUUUUUUAGACGAAUUAAAAAAUUAUAAUACAUUGCCAAUUAUAUUAGGUAAUAUAUUACCAUACUGGAAUAAACAAAAAAAUAAUAAUUUGGUAUACAAGAUUAAAAACUUAAGAACUAACAAUGCAAAACCAAAGUAUAUUCCAAUUCAAAGUGUGAAUAAAGUUUUAGCACGAAAAAAAAUUAAGAAAAAAAAAAUACUCAAAAAAAAAAAAAAAAAAAUAAAAAAAAAUGAUACGGUCACAGUUUUACAUAGUGAUUCAAAUUUAACUGAACAAAAUGCUUUAAAAAAUGAGAAUGUUUCAAAUGCAGACAAAACUAAUGAAGAAGUAAGUACUGAGCAAAAUAUGUCAACUAAUAAAACUGAGAAUGAAAAGGAGAAAACAAUCAUAGAAAAUGAUAAUGAAAAAAAUCCAUCUUCACAUAUACAAAAUAAUGAAAAUGAAAAAAAAAAAAAAUCAUGGAGAAGUUUUUUUCUAAUAAAUAGUAUUAGUAGUAGUAAUAAUAAUGAAACUGAUGAUAAAAAUGAUGAUAAAAAUGAUGAUAAAAAUGACGAUAAAAAUGAUGAUAAAAAUGAUGAUAAAAAUGAUGAUAAAAAUGAUGAUAAAAAUGACGAUAAAAAUGAUGAAAAGCCACAAUCAGAAGAAGGAAAAGAACUGAUUGCAAACGAAAGUAACAAAAAAACAUGUUCUAAUGAUGAAAAAAAUAAUAUAGUAGAUGCAAAUGAAAGCAGUACAAUUAAUGAAAAAAAAGAAAAAAUAAUAAAUUUAAAAAAGUCAAAUCUUAAAAAAAAAGCAAAAAAUAAACUUCGCCAUUUGGGAACGUGUGGAAAAUUCGGAUCAUUUAAUUUUUUAAAAAAAUAUAAAUUUAGCAUACCAAAGAAUAGUACUGUUCCAUUUAAUAGCUCUAUAUUUUCUCUUCAAAAAAAUCAACAUAUGUCAAAUGUUUAUUUUGAGUUUAUAUUGACAAAUAUUAAUUUAGAUAAAUAUAAACGCAAUAUAUUAAAUGUAAAUUAUAAUCAUAAUAAUUCUAUUAAUAAAAAAAAUAAAAUACAUUGUAUCAAAUUGUCCAAGCUACGAAACACUAAUGCUAACAUUUCAACCAAUAGUAAAAGUAAAAAAAAUAUAAAUCAAACUUUGCAAGAUAAAAAAGAAAAUAAUGAAUAUACAACUACAAAAAAAAAUGAAAACACAAUAAAUAGUAGCAAUUAUUUAGAUGGAAUAGUAAAUACAACUAGCGAUAGUUUCUUUGGCGAUUCUAUUUUAUUUACAUCAAGUAAAAUAAAGCAAGACGAAUGCACAGAUUCUGUAGAACAAUCAAAUAACAUUAUUAAUUCAGAAAAUAAUACUGAAAAAAAAAAUAUUGAAAAUGAGACAAAUACAGUUAAUGGAACUAGAGAAGUUGAUGUAUUUUUAAAAAAUAACAAUAACAAACAUAGUACAUAUAUUAAAAAUAUAAAUGAAGAAAUAUGUGUUUUAUUUUCAAGAUAUAUGCAUAAUAUUAAACAACAAAAAAAAAUUAUUGUAAAAUUAUUAGAUAAUAUAAAAAAUGAAAAGAAAAAACCAUAUAAAUAUUGGUAUUCAAUAGAAGAUAAAAUGAUUAAUUUUUAUAUAAACGAAUAUUUAAAAAAUAAAUUAAACACUAAACAUACAUAUACAUUAUCAAAACAAAUUGUCGAUUUAUUAAAAUUAAGAUUAACUAUUAAUCAUAGUUCUCAAUUACCUAAUAGUUGGACUGAAAAAGCUUUAUGCAAUAUUUGCAGCUUAGGUGAAGAUUGGGAUGAUAAUCCGAUUGUUUUUUGUGAUUGUUGUUAUACACCUAUGCAUUCUUUUUGUACUGGAUUCAGAAAUGUUAAAAAUCAAAAUAUAAUAAAAAGAAAUCCAAAUAUGUCUGAUAAAGGAGAUUCACAAAAUUGUGAUAAUGAAAAAGAAGAAAGUUCGAAAUAUAAAAAUAAUAAUUAUAAAUAUGGGACCCAAAAUAAUGCAUAUAAUAAUACUAACGGAGUUAAUGAAAAAAAUGAGUAUUAUCAACAAUAUAAUAAAGAAGGACAAAUUGCAAAAAAUUAUUUUAAUAAUAAUGAAAAAAAUAAUUACAUGCAUAGUGAUAUAAAUAAAGAUGGAAAUAAGUAUACACAUGAUAACAAUAAUUGCUCUGGAAAACAUGGUAUUGAUAAAAAAAAAAACAAAAUUAAUUUAAAUGUUAUAAAUUAUUUAAUGGAAGAUAAUUUUAUUAAACUAAACUCUCCAAAUAGUAUGUUCAGUUCAAUUGUAAGUAAUAAUAAUGACGAAAAAAAUGAUAAUGAAAAAAUAGAUAGUGAAAAAGAAGAUAACCAAAUAAAUUAUACUAUAUUGGAUACUCAAUUGAAAAAUAAUGAAAAUAUGAAUGUAAAAAAUGAGCACGAAAAUAAAGAAGAUGAAUGUUAUUAUAAAUGUGGGUUAAGUGAUACAAAUAAUGAUAAUAAUACUGGCCAAACUGAUGAAAAAAAAGAAUCUUAUUUAGAUACUUCGAUAUUUACAGAUGAUAAGGAAGAAAGAAAAGUUGAAAAUGAAGAAUCGAAUCAAAUAAAAAUGGAAAAUCCAAUUAUCGAACAAAACAUAGAUCAACCAAUAGAUCAACAAAACAAUAAAAAAAUAAAACAAGAAACAAAUAAAAUUUCUACUGAUGUGGCAAAAACUAAUACUGGAUAUCCAUCAAAUACAGAAGAAGAACAAUGGAUAUGCCCACUUUGUUCUUAUUUAAGAAAUCAGAUAUUAUAUAUUGAAGAUUCGGUUGCAUUUAAAAUUAUUAGGCAUUUAAGUGGACCUCAAAAAAAAAAAGAUAUUGAUUUAUUAAUUAAAUCAUGCAAUGAAUAUACUAAUGAAAAUAAUAAUAACACUCAGGAAUCUGGUGAUACUGCUAAUAAUGAACAAAAUAAUAAUAAAAAUGAAGUUGAUGAUAAAAAAAAAAAGGAAACAUUUUCUUAUACACCACCAGAAGAAAUAAUUUUUCAAAGCAACUCUCAAAUGGAUGCAUAUAAAUAUAAAUCGGUUAUGCUUUUAUUUGACAUUGAGUAUGAUAUAAAUUAUUAUAAGUUAAAAUAUCAAAUAGAAAUAAAGGAUAGUCAUGAUUUCUUUGAAAAAAUUGUUCUUAAAAAUCCGAAUAUAUAUAAAUAUAAAAAUAUUUUUAAUACUAUUAUGGUUAGUAAAAUUGAUAAAGAUAAUAAUUAUACAAAAUUUUUAAAUGAAAAUAUUAAAAUGUUUAGACAAGAAUCUGUUUAUAUUAAUCCAAAUUUUGAAGAUAGUGAUUCUGAUGAUACAGAAUAUGAAAAAAAAAAAAAAAAAAGGGGUCGAAAACCUCUAUUAAAUAAAAAUGAAUAUUCUAAUAAUAAACUAUAUCAUGAUAAAGUUUCAAACAAAUGUAUAAAUAAAAAAAAUAAAAUACGAUCAAAGCAAAAUAAUAUAGUUAAUAAGCCCCCAUAUAAUAAAAAUAAUAACGUCACUUUAGAUGCUAAUGGCAAUGUAAUAGUUAGAAAAAGAGGAAGACCACUUGGAAGCACUAAAUUAAACAAAAUGAAAUUGCUUGCUCUUAAAAAUAAAAAUAUUACAAAAUCUGAAAUUACUACAAAUGAGAAUCAUGAAUAUACAAUUCAGGAAAAUCAGGAUGAUUCUAUUACUACUGGUCAAAAUUUAUAUACUUCGGAUCUACCAAACAGUCAGGUAAAUACCUUUUCUUCAAAUUUGAAUGAAUUAGACAAUAUUAAUAAUAAAUCAAAUCAAAAUGAUAAAAAAAAUAAUGAUGACUCAGAUGGCUCUCCAUGUGACAUUAAUAAUGAAGAAGAAACAAUUAAAAUGGAUUUUGAGCUAAAAAAGGAAAAUCAAAGUUUAGAUAUUUCUUCCAAUAAAAAUAAUAUUGAAUUUGGCCAUUCCACUAUUUUUCCAAAUGUUAAUAAUAAUACAAAUGAAACUAAUAUAUAUUUGGGAUUGGAAGAAAAUGGAACAUUACUAAAAUAUAAUUAUAGUAAAAAUUUUUCAUUUAUUUUUAAAAUUCCAACAUGUUGUAUCUGUGAAUUUGGUUCAUUUUAUCAAGGAGGAGGACCAAUAAAAAGAACAAAAAAAAAAAAUCAAUGGUGCCAUAUUCGAUGUGCAUCAAUUAGUAAUUGUAUAAUAGAAGACAAAAUUGAAAUUUGUAAUAGAGAAAGAAAUAAAUAUAAAUGUUCAUUAUGUUUACGCACUAAUAAUAUAGGUAUAAUAAAAUGUAAUGUUGCUGAUUGCUAUAAAUAUUAUCAUAUAUCAUGUGCAACUUCUUCUAAUAAAUAUUUAAUAGAAUUAAAUGAAAAUAAUAAAUUAGUUUUAUUUUGUUCAAAUCAUUCUCAAAAAAAAGCGCCAACAGAAAUAUUAAGAAAAUAUCAAAUUUUAAGAGAAAAAGAAUAUGCCAAAAAUAAAUUAGAAGAUAAAAUAAAUGUUGGAAAAAUGUUUGAUGCAUAUACAUUACAAAAUUAUUUAAAAAUAAGUGACAUGAAAUUAUUUAAUCUUUUAUCAUUAUCUUCUUUAUCUAUAUUCAAAGAUUCUGUUUAUUUCAAUUAUGAUCAAUAUAAUCAAACUAUGAAAAAUUAUUACAAUAAUAAUAAUUAUAAUCCAAAUGAAGAUUUUACAGAUCUUUAUCAAAAUUUUGAUCAAUAUUUAUUAGGCGAAGGAAAAGGCAUUUUUGACAAUUCAGGAUUAACUAAAUCUUGUAUGAAAAAAUCACUAAUUAAAGAAAACGAUGAUUUAAAUUCUGAAGCUAAAAAUGAAAAGGAUCAGAUAGAUGUGAGUGAUAAUGGAACUAAACAAAAUUCUAUUAAUGAAGAAACUGCACAAGAUGCAGAACGUGAAUAUGUUGAUAAAAUUAGAGAACUUGAUAAUAUUAAGGAAGAAAAUGAUAAAGCAGAAAAUCUUUCCCAUGUAAACAAAAGUGAAGCGGACCAAACUGAACAAAAAGAAAAUAAUAAAAAUAGCUAUGAUGGUGAAAAUAUGCUUUUGGAAUUAGAAGAAACAAAUAAAGUAGAAAAUAUGCCCAUAGAUAUAUUCGAUAUAGAAAAUAUCAAUAAAAUAAGUACUAGAAAAUGUAAUAAUAUUAUAAGUAUAAGUAGUUUUAAAAAUAUAUAUAAUGAAAAUUUAUUAGAUGAAGAUUCCUUAUUAAAAUUAAUAAUAUACGAUUUUUUAAACCUUCAAAAAGAUAUACAAGAAUUUAAUAGUAACAUAUUAAGUGAUAAAUAUAAAAGAUUAAAAAAUUUUGAGACUAUAUUAUUAUUGUAUCCGCAUUUUAAUGAUUAUCAAUUGAAAAAAUUAUCUGAAUUAAUAUUAGAAAAAUAUAAUUCAAAUAUUUUAAACAUAAAAACAGAUGAUUCAUUUUUUGCAUUUUUUAAUAAAUUUCUUUCAUUGUUGAAUAGCAAAAAUCUGAUGAUAUGCAGUGUUUGUUUAUCAAAAGCAAUUUAUACUGAAACUCGAAAAGAUGCAAAAAAAUUGGAAACUGAGGAAAGUCAAAGUUCCAUAAAUACUUCUAAUAUUGAUAGCCCAAAUAAUUCCAUUAAAACUACACUAAAUGAAACAAGUCAACUAAAACGAAAAUUAAGAGGUACUUCUACCAAUAUAAAUGAUAGUUUUGAAAAUAAAAAAGAAAGAAGAUUAGGAUCAUUAAGUGUUUUAAAAAAAUGCUCACAAUGUAAUGUAUUUAUAUGCUACUUUUGUUGUCAUAGAAUGAAUAUAGACAUGAUUAAAAAUUAUAUAAAUAAUGAUAUAAAAAUGAAAUCAAUUGAAAUUGCAGAAAAUAUUAAAAAUAAAGAUGCAGUUCCUCGCCCACAUGUACGCACAAAUAAAGUUGGAAGACCAUGUAAAAAUCCUCUUAAACUACUUGCAGCAGCAGCAGCAGAAAAUUCUUCUAUAACUUCCUUAGCCCCCAAUGCAAAUAUUCCAACAACUUCUGAAUCAGCCACAAAUUCCAAAUUAGAAAAUAACGAAAAUUGUCAAAAUCAAUCAAAUGUUUUGAAAAAUGAUUCAAAUAAUCUUAAUACUCCAAUCAAUGAACCUUCAAAAGAUAAUCCGAAUUGUGAUGUAAAUGAAAGUAAAGAAGUAACAGUUCAACAAAAGGAACAACAAAAUAAUGAUAGUCAAGGUAUUAAUAAUGGUAUAAACACCAAUUUAGAUGCAGAAAAAAAUACAGUAAUUGUGAAAAAAAAUAAACCUGGAAGAAAAAGAAUCGAUCCUAAUAAUAAGAAUAUCAUGUUGAAAAACACUAUUCCCAAGAGUAAUGAAGAUGAAGAAGAAUUUAUAUGCCCAAGAUGUGAAUAUUUUAAAAUAAAGAAAAAAAUUGUUUUUUGUUCUUAUUGUCCAAGAUUAGAUGGAUUUUUAAACUGUUUUGAAGAUAAAGUAAAAAAAGAAUUAUUAUUUGUUCAUCCUAAAUGUUUAGAAUAUGUUAAUACUGCUUAUUCAAAAAAAAAUAAUAUUAAUGAAACCAAAGCAGGAGUUUUAAAAAAAGUAUGCAGCUAUUGUAGAAUAAAACAUGGUAUAGUUAUUACAUGUAGUAAUACAGAUUGUGAUGCUUCCUUUCAUAUAUCUUGUGGUAUAUUAUUAGGAUGCAAAAUGGACAAUUUUUUUGGAAGAGUCGAUAUAUAUAAUCCUAAAAAAGCUUAUUGUUUUAAACAUACUUUUCAAAGCUGUAAAAAAAAUACAUUAACUAAUUUUAUUAAUACAAAUAAAUUAUUUUAUUUUGAAAAUUUUUUAUAUUUCCCAUUCAAUCAUUUAUAUAAUUUCUUAUUGGGUACAUAUAUUUUUAAUUAUUUAAAUAAAAAAUGCAUAAAUCAUUUAUUGAAGCCUAUCAAAAUAUCUGACCCACCAUCUAUAAAUGCAAUAUUUGAAAAAACACAAUUUAAUAUUAUGAAAAAGAAUAUGAUGAUACCAUUUAAUGAUUACAGAAAAGCAAAUAAAGACAAAAUGGGUCUUAAUAGCGAAUUCGAUUCCUCACAACCCAAUGCAAAUAUAUACAGUAAUGAUAUUGUUAACAAUUCCAAUAUGUCUCAAAAAAUGUUAAAAUCAAUGGGUUAUAAAAAUGAAAUAAACUCUGCAUUAUCUCCAUCAAUGAACUCAUUAAUGAAUAUGCAUCCUGACUAUAUGUCAGCAAAUAAUUAUAAUUUAUUAGAUCCUAUGAAUAAACUAAAGGAAAAUGGAUUAGUCUCAGAUAAAAGAAAUAUAAUGAAUAUGCCACCAGAAUAUUAUAAAAAUGGCUAUUUAAUGCAGAAUGCACAUAAUAAUAAACAAGCUAAAAAUAGUCAUGGAUUUAUUGACGAUGAAAUAACUGGAAAUACAAUUCCCACAUCAGAACAAAAUGAUACUAAUGAAAUGAAACAAUUUCCAAAUUAUGGUUUUAAUCCUAGAUCUAUUGAUAAUAAUAACCUUAUGUAUUAUAAUAAAAAAAUAGAAGGUAAUUCUACUAUGCUUCCAUUUUUUAACAAUAAUAUGGAUCCAUUAAAUCAGCAAAACCUUUAUAACUAUUAUGGUCAUAAAUAUGAAUCAAAUAUAGAUAAAAAUAAUAUUUUGAAUAAAAAAGGAAAUAAAAAUAAUGGCAUUAGAAGGAAAAGAAGAAGAAGAAUGAAUCAAGAUAGUGCAAAUCCAUACAAAAAAAUUAAUACAAAAGUUAUGAACACAUUAGAAAAUAAUAAUGAUACAGAAGCUCCUGUACAAGUAAAAAAAAGAGGUCGCGGUAGAAAAAAUAAAAAUCUCAAUAUUGAUAGCACUAAUUUAGAUAGUAUAAACCCUUAUAAGCAAUCUUAUGAUGAUCCAAAAUCAUAUUUAAAUCAUGAUUUUAUAGACCCAACUAAAAAUUAUAGUAAAUAUACUAAAGAAUUCGAUACAGAUUUAAUAAAAGAUGAAAAAAAAUAUACACAAAAAAAUGAAAACGAUAUUAAUGAUGGUCAAAUAUAUUGCCCAGUAUGUAAAUUUGUUUAUGAAGAAUUAAGUGAUGGUUCACCAGCUGAUGGAUUAAAUUGGAUUGGAUGUGAUAAAUGUGAAAGAUGGUAUCAUUGGAUAUGUUGUAAAUAUUCUAUUGACAAUCCUCCAGAUAUGGAAAAUGAUUGGUAUUGUAGUAUGUGCUUAAACAGCUAA